AUGAAGAGUGGAUCUUGUGUGAUAUUCAAUGGACAGGACUGUGAAAGGUCUGAUACACCUUAUUUGGGAGACAUUAGUCCCAUUCGAAAGCGACUGUUGAUUCGGACACCAGAGAAAUGCAACGAUGAUUUCGAUAACGGAUACCAAAAAAUCAAGCCUAUCAGAUCUAGAAUGGCAGUUGAAAUUCUGAGAACUAACAGGCUGUGUCUUCAGUUCGUUGAAGAUGAACCUCCAAUUUCAAAAACAGCCGGGAAUGGAAAUACUCAUGAACUUGAAAACUACCAAGUUAAUCAAGGCAAACAGGAAAAGUCAAACGAAAACAAUAAACCAGAUUUGGCAACUGCGAAUGAGUAUGCGACUGAAAACUUAACGAAAGCAAUAGCCAUAUGCGCGGUCUGUCCCAAUGAACCUCCAACCUGCCAAUCUUGUGUUAAAACGACGCCAACAUCUGCCCCUCUGAAAAAAACUGUCAGAUGUUAUGAUAAUUACCACCAACAUGAAGAUGAUGUCUCCAAGCAAGAACCACUAUGCGGUUGUCAGAAAUUAUUGGAUGAAACAACGAAAUUUCAUCUUGGAGCCAAUUAUUCGGGCAUUAUUACCGAUUACCCCAUUACAGUUCGUUAUAUCGCAGUGAGAUCUGAUGCUAUAAUCAUUAAACGACAAUUUAGAAAACUUAAAUGGGGAGAGAAAUUAAUGCGGAAACUCAGACACAUGUAA